UUUAAAUAUUUUCUUUUAUACAAUCGCAUUUUAUUUUUCUAGGUACAUUAAAAAGUUUUUACGGACUAAUUAUAGUAAAAAAAAAAAAAUUAUUUACGGUCAGCGACUGACAGGUUUGACGGUUUGACCAGUACUGUGUACUGUUUAUCACUGACUGACGACUGACUAAGAUAAUAAAAUAAUAUUUUAUUAUUCUUACUUAUUAAGUAAGUAUACUUAAAGUGAAAGUUGCGGUAAAAAUGUAAUAAAUAAUAAUUUAUUUAACUUUAGUAUUUAGUUUAGAAAGGGCCAUUCAUAAAUUUCAAAAUGACCCCACGAAUUUUAUUUUGUCACGACUCAUUGACCAUUUCUGUACCCCCAAUCUUCAAAAUUCAUAUAAUAUAAAUUAUUCAAAAAAUACAGAAAGAAAUUCAAUUAAUGGUUAAAAGAAAAAAAUAAUAAAUUAUUUAUUAUUUAUUAUAACUUAUUUUAGAGAGAGUCUAUUAAUAUUUAUUAUAAAUUAUAAUAAAAUAUAAUAUAAUAUAAAAUCACUUACAUUAUACUUUAUACAUUAACAAUAAUUCACAAGUCUACUAUUACUACUAAAACUUAAUUUCAGGCAGGUCUCAUGGAUUCUCAAACCCGGUGUUAACAAAAAAUAUUGCAACUAAUGAGAAACAAAAUAAUUUAGAUGACCUUGUAACUAAUGUACAUAGACAUUAGAUACAUGGGCAGCGCACAAUCACAGGCCCCUAAUGCAAAAGAAGUCCACAAUUUUUAAUUAUUAAAUUAUAUAAUUUAUUUUUAAUUUCACAAUUUUUCUCAAAAGGACAAUUCAAAGUAAGAUUAGCAAGUAUUACUUACCCAGUGGCAUAGCUAUGGGAGUCGGGAGUGCAGACCACACCGUGUGACACAAUGUCAGGGGUGACACCAAAUUGAAAAAUUGCAUAUUACAGAGCUCAAACUGCUCGGUCUAACCACAUAAAAGGAUUAACGAUCACACAUAAAUUUUCCACACAUGUUACAUGUAAGCAAUCAAAAUACAUGCUUUAUUAAAAGGUUUUGGUUGAAAUUGCUUUGAAAAGAAUGGCAGGAGAACUAUUUACAAUCCACCAUGGGACAGUCAAAGGUUGCUGAUCUGGCUCUACUAACAAUUUAACGUGAUACGGUGAAGGAUAUUGAUUUUGAUACAGUAAUUGACAGAUUUUCAGCUUUGAAGACCAGGAAAGGAAACUUAUAAAUAAAGUAAUAAGUUUAAUAAGUAAAAGCAAUGUAAAAAUAACUAUACGUUGUUACUGUUCUUAAAUUUAAAUAUAUUUAAUUUACCUCCGGAUCUAAAAUUAAUUUUUUUUGUUCUUGUCAUUGUUAUACAAUGUACUUAUUCUAACAAGUAGAAAUCCAUCUUGGAAGUCGGGGGGGGGGGGGGGGGACACCAUGAGUUUACUGCACCUGGUGAAAAAAACCCUAGCUAUGCCACUGUUUCCCUAACUUUCUAAAUUUUAAUGUAAUUGGCUCCAAUGUGACAGACCCAUAAAAUAUGUCUUGAACUUAAUAAUGAAAGAUUGCUUGCUAAUCAUGUAAAUUUAAAUUGGCAUGUGAGAAUCACUGUUAACACAAAGAUAUUUGAAAGUUUUAUUGCGUUCUUAUUCUUGUAACUGAUAGAGCACAGAACCACCCCAAAUUUUAGCUUUGAAUCUUGAAAAUUACUGAUUAACAAAUAAACUUUCUUGGAGGUGUCAUUUGGAGUUGAAAAGGCAAAGAUGAAGACAUUGAAGAUACAUGCUCAAAAACUAUAUUUUAUUGAGCAAUGGCUCAAAAACAUUCAUAUUAAAUAAUAUUAUUGAUUAAAGCUGGGUGAGUUUUAAAUUUAAUAAAUAGUUUGUCACAGUUUGAGAAGUGGUACCUGUUCACUAAUACAGGACAACAUAGUCUAACUCAGUAUUGAGAUACAUAUUAAACAUAUAUUUUAAUGAUAUAUAUAUACAUUGUCUUAAGGAAUGGCAUCUCCAACAUUGCCCCAAGAGAAAGAUGGAACCCAGUCUCCUCAAGAAAAGGAUGUUCUAGCAAGUAUAAUCGGGCUUACUCAACUUACUUUGGAUAAAGCUGAUGCUGACAAUUGGGAACUUAAAACAGAAUAUUAUGUCAAACAGCAGAAAAUGUGGCCCACCAGUGGGAGACAUAUUCUGGCUCAUUAUGAUGCUGAGUCUGUAAUUGUGUACCAGGCAUUCAAGGCAUCCAUAGCUACAUUUGCUGUGACAAAUCAGAGGUUGGUGAUUUAAAAUUUGGAGAUACUGGUAGUUAAUAGUUUUAAUAAAAUAUACUGACUUUUAAUAUUAAAAUUAUUGUUACAAUCCCUUGUUACCUGAUGUUUGUAACAUUUGUUGAAAUAUAGUUUAUAGGUCUCAAUUUUUAUUGGUUCUAGAAAAAUAAUCAUUUUUAAUUUUAAUUUUCUUAAAAAAUAAAUUUUAACCAAUCAAAACAUAAUUUUCAUGGAAAAUGUUGACAAAUUAAAUUAAUAAAAGAGAUUAAUAUUGAAUGUAACAAUCUGUAGAUCAGAACUUUUUCAUCAAUAUCAUAAUGUAAAAAUUCCUCUUUCUCUCAUGUCUGCUACUCAUUUCAGUAAUUUAAAUGCGUCUCUAAGUUACUGACAGACAUUUCUGUCAUGUAAAGGAAUGAAUUAAAAUCUGAAUUAUUUUGGCAUUGAUUUUGGCAGGUUCAUUCACUUAAAAAGUUAUUAACACUAACAAGUAGUGAUUCUUAUAAGUCAGCGUUUCCCAAACUUUUAAGUUUCAAGGACCGGUGUACUAGUUUCUAAACUGCACCAGGGACCGAUGCCAGAUUUAUUAAUUGCAUUUUAUUUCUAUUUAAACAUCAAAAUUCAUGCUCGCUGGACCGGUAACGUAAGGCUUGCGGACCGGUGCCAGUCCACCAUUUGGGAAUGCUGCUAUAAGCAGUUUUAGUUUUUGAAUAGCAAUGCUGCUGGAUAAGCAAUAGCUGUUUGAUUGAUUUCUUCAGAUAUUGAAGUUUGUUUAUGUCAUUCAUUUAAUGUUGGAGAGAAAUAACAUGGUUACAGUAAUAAUCAAACUUGUUUGGGUUUUAUUAAACUUUAGAUUUGGAGGUUCCAGUUACAGUUUUGAACGGAUGUCAUGGAUAAAAACAAGCUUCAUGUGGAUGAUGUAUCGCUGUGGGUGGGGACAAAAAACAAAUCAAGAACGAGUGCUAGCAAUUCGGGUUUCCAGAAAAGGGUUUGACGACAUUCUCUCUAAAGCUUACACCAUAAAAGUAAUUAUUGGAAAUAUAUCAAAGUAUUAAUUUUUCAAUGAAAAAGAUGCAAGAAGGAUAAUCUUGGAAUAGUCUUUUAGCCAUAUUUUAAAUUGUAAAUUAUUUUAAAAUCAGGAUAAAUAGCUUCUGCCCGAAACCGUUAUGUUUUUCAUACGAAUCUCUAAAUCAUAAGUUUAUUUUUGUAUACUAAAUUCUUUCUGAUAUUAUAUUUAUCAACUUGUGGGUUUUUUCCCUUGUUUUAUAAUAAAUUAAUUUGGCAUAAAUUAUAAAUGCAAAUGUUUAUGUUCAAAAUAUUACUUUCUCACUAAUGUUAACACAUUUGUAGGCCUACUUUCUUCACAAUUAAACGUUCUUUAAAAAGCAUGACAAAUUAUAAACUGACAUAAUAAUUAAAAAAACAUAUUGCAAGUUCACAUCACUGUAUAAGCAAAAAGUUAAUCAGAGGAAACUAAUGAGAUAAAAAAGCAGGUUUCCUAUAUGGUUAUUGUUUUACAUGUAAUGUAGUAUGUAUAUACAGGAAUAAAAAUAAUAUCUAUUUCAUUAAAAAAUCUACUUUAGAAACAAAAAGAAGAAGGAUUAGAAACCAAAGACAUCGAAGUACGUUUGCAGUGGGACCCUGACCAUGAUUCACAAGGAGAGAAAUUAACCCGCAAAGCUAUCCAAUUAGGACUAAAGGGAAAGGUAAAAUUUAUGCAUCUAAGCUGACAUAUAUUAUAUGUAGGUUCUCUAAGAAAUUUGGCAAUGUGAAAAGCCUUAAGUUUUUGUUUUUUUUCAUUCAUGUUUAAUAAUUUAAUUUCCAUUCUAUCUUCCAACAGACUUUGCUAAACUUUUCUGGACAAUACAUCUUGAACAUUAAAGACAUUACAGACUUUGUAAAUGAACAAUGCAGCACCCUCCAGAAGCAUGGCCUUUCAAAUCUGGUCACUCCACUGGAACAAAUAUAUAUUCCCAGUGAUGAGAAAAUAGUCCAGCACAUUGAUCUGGAAUUUUAUGAACAACCCACAAUAACAGGCUAGAAAACAUGAAAUAGUAUCUUAAAAAUAAUGUUUUCAUUUGCAUAUAAAUAUUUUCAUUGUGCUCAAUAACAUAAGAAAAUGUUUAAAUUUUGCCUUGUGAGACAUGUUUCAUCAUUGAAAAUCUAACCCUGCCGGUUUGAUCAGUUUUAAAGAGACACCAGGGUAAUUAUUCUCAUGCCCUUUUGAUUUCAAUAGGGAGCUGGGUCCCAGUUGUCAGCAAUUAAUAAAAUGGUAAAAUUUGUUCAUGUAUUUAUCAAUAUAUAUAUAAUUCUUUAUUUAUGAAAGAAUGGUGUAUUUGUUAUUUCAAUCACAUGCAAAAUAAAACUCCAGAUAACUGUGCUAAAUGAGAUUCUUUAAAAAUAAAUAUUGCAAGUGUGUUUAGUGCGUAAUGUUUUCUUUCGUUUUAAGCAAAUAGUCUCAAUUUAAAUAUGAUAUACUAAAUGUGACGUGUCAAAGUGGAUGCCACAUUAGAAUAUAAAUAUUAAUAUAAUAUAGUUUAGGGGUAUAAAAAAAAAGUGCUGUGGGG